AUGGCCGACAACGGAACACCAAGCGAAGCCCCCGCCCCGGUCGAGCACCUCAACAUCAAGGUCACCGAUAACAACAACGAGGUCUUCUUCAAGAUCAAGCGCACAACACAGCUGAAGAAGCUCAUGGACGCCUUCUGCGAGCGCCAGGGAAAGCAGCUGUCUACCGUCCGUUUCCUGUUUGACGGUACCCGCGUGCGUCCCGAAGACACACCUGACACUCUCGAAAUGGCCGAUGGCGAUACUCUGGAGGUUCACCAGGAGCAGAUUGGCGGUUAG